UGUCAAAAGCCCAUCUCAUUAACCGCCCCAUCCCUUCCUACAGACAACUAACGCGAGGCGUAGAAGCUGGAGACGUAGCUACUGCCCAAACCGAAUCGGAAAGGGAGUGCCGACUGCUGAGAACGCCGCCGGUAGAGAGACGCCGCCACCGCUGCCUCCAGACGCCGCUGCACCCUCCAGGCUGUUUAAUUCUCAGGACCGGCAAAGAGGAAGACCAAGAUGGUUUUCAGCUGGUAAGUAAGAAGAAGAGUGCAAUGAGAAUAACAAUUGAUGAGCUGCUUAAGGGAGACCUAAAGAAUAUCCCUUAUACAGAUACCAAGACGCGAGAAAGCUAUUUUGUCUGGUAAUUGGCCAAACAUUCAAGAUUUCUAUUAAUCUUCUCAAUUGACUGACAACCUGCCCUUUGAGUUUGGUGUUAAAAGAGAUGGGGAGAUCUAAAAAGCAAUCCCGACAGACCAAGUUGGAAAGUGAAAGUGAUUCUGAAUUUGACACCGAUGAAAUGAGAUAUAAUACAUCUCAUGAGGUCGAGGAUGAAGAGCAAAAUGAUAUGAGUAGUGAUGAUGAAGAGGGAAACCAUCAAAGUGAUGAUUUCGGUGAAGAUGAUGAAGAAGAACGGGACAGUCUUGAGAAUGAUGGUUUUGGGGAAGAAGAUGAUGAGGAAGGGGACAGCCUUGAAAAUGAUGGCUCUGGGGAAGAAGAUGAAGAAGAUGAUGAAGGGGAACAAAAUGAGUUGCAAAAGAAUGCUGAAAUGGAAGAGCUUGAGAAUGACUAUAGGAAGCUUCAGCAAAAAGAGCAAGAUCUAUUGAGAAAUCUAAAAAGCCAUAAGAAUGAGGAUAUUUUGAAAGGAGAAGCAGUGAAAAAUCAGAAGGCUCUUUGGGACAAGACUCUUGAGUUAAGGUUCUUGCUGCAGAAAGCAUUUUCAAGCUCCAAUAGACUUCCUCAGGAGCCAAUGAAGUCUUCAUUUUGUGAAUAUGGUGAUGAAGUUGGUGAGGCAUAUUCAGAUCUAAUUGGCUCCUCAGUGAAAACCUUGGAGUCUAUAUUGGAGUUACAAGAGGCUCUUCUUGAGAAGAAUCCAUCAAUUAUUCAAUCUACUGAUGGCUCUGAAGUUUUGGAAGUUUCUCAUCAGUCAAAUGGUGAAAGUGAUGAAGAAUGGUCACAAAUUGCUCAAAUGCAUUCAAGAAUGGCAUCUUUUAGAGACAAGUCAAUAGACAAAUGGCAGAGGAGGACACAAGUAACAACAGGUGCCGCUGCUGUUAAAGGCAAAUUACAUGCAUUUAAUCAGAGUAUCAGUCAACAAGUGAGUAAUUACAUGAGGGAUCCAAGUAAAAUGAUAAAUGGCAUGCAGUUGAAUACAUCUGCUGUAGCUCUAUUUGGAAAUGCUCCCGAUCUUACAACGACGCAAGAGGGUAUACGUGCGGAUGGUAGCCCAGAACUUCUGGACGAUUCUGACUUCUAUCAGCAAUUGCUCAAGGAAUUUUUUGACUCAGUUGAUCCGUCAACAUCCGAGAAUACAUUUUACGCUUUGAAAAGACUGCAAACGAAGAAAAGGAAAAUUGUUGACCGGCGAGCGUCAAAGAGUCGGAAAAUCAGAUACAAUGUACAUGAAAAGAUUGUGAAUUUCAUGGCUCCCCAGCCGAUGGACCUGCCACCCAUGGCCCCAAAGUUGUUCGAGAAUUUGUUUGGGCUUAGAACCCAGAAACAAGCUACAGAAGUAGCAUAACGGGUAAACUAUGCUCGUCAUAGAACAAUUUUGAUUAUCGUGACAUUGUAUUAGAACUAACUCGUUUUUGCAUGCACUUGGACACAAUAUUCUGCGGCGUUGUACUAUUCUAAAUGCUCUAAUUUAAUGCUUGUUGGAAAAUGGAAAUUUUAGUUUGUUGGGUUUCAUUUUUUUUUGAGGAAGCACAAUGGUGAGGUGAGUUGAGCACAAAAACCAAGCUUUUGGAUGUUUUUUUCAAGGCUCCAUUUGUAAAGUUGCAACAAGGGCUACUUCAUGAGUUUUUGCUUUACAUGGUGAGACAAGUUUGAUGUUCUAUAUUUGGUCUCAAACUCGCCCAAUAAAGCGCGUUUGAGGUU